AGAGUGCGGCUGCAGGAGCAACGGGGCUUCUUACUACCUUGAGGCAUCAUGGAUUGCGAGGACGAGGCCGUUGUUUUCGUUGCUGCUGCAAGGACCCCGGUCGGAUCCUUCAAUGGUGCCUUGUCAACCCUGCAUGCCCAUGAAUUGGCUUCAGUAGUCAUUAAAGAAUUGUUGCAGAGGACAAAAAUUGAUCCUAAAGAAUUAUCUGAAGUUAUACUUGGACAAGUAUUGCCUGCAGGGGCUGGCCAGAAUCCUGCUCGACAAGCCAGUCUCGAAUCCAGCAAGAAGCAAUAUGGAAGCUUCUUUUUUCUUACACUCUUUCACUUUCAUACAUAUCGUGUGAUUCUUCUACUGGAAUGGCAGAUGAACAGAACAGUCAUACAGGGAGAAUGGGCGCUCCAGAGACUAUUUCCAUUCAGUUGCAAAAAAAGUUGCUUUCAAUAUUCUAAAUGGGUCAGAAUGCUUUUUUUCCCCCAGGCUCCUCAUGUCAUUCAUCUGCGUGGUGGAGUGAAGAUGGGGGAAGCCUCUUUGCAAGACAGUAUUAUCGUAGAUGGCUUGACAGAUGUUUUCUACUGUUAUCACAUGGGUAUUACAGCUGAAAAUGUGGCCAAACGAUGGAAGGUCAGUCGAGAAGAACAAGACCACCAGGCUGUAAUGUCUCAGAAUAAGGCUGAAAAUGCCCAGAAGGGUGGAUAUUUUAAUAAAGAGAUUGUACCUGUUGCUGUACCUUCUAGAAAAGGUCAGUGAGCAGUUUGACAUACUGGACAAGGGACUGGGACCUGUUUCUAACUAUUAUGAUCCACCUUUGUAUUCA